CGUUAAGCGUAGUUAGUUAGUUUUUAAUGCGCAGCGUCUGCUGCACGGGGUAGCCGCUGGUUUCUUAUUGGCGUAUAUCGGAAUAGGAUUGCAUUGUAAAUCUAUAACGUCCAAUAGCAAAUGAUGUUCAAAAGAUUUUUAUUACACGUCAUAUUUCUUGUAAUUUAAAAUAAUAUUGAAAAAAUAAAUAUAAUAUUAGGCUGAACCUAAUGUACAGUUUUUGUACUUUAUAGUUUUUAUUGAUAAUUAAUCGAACUGGAUUCGGUGUGAUUGUUUCAUUAAUUAGUGUGUACCUAUUAGUCUUUAAGCAUAAGUGUUAACUAUGGAUGACAUGGAUAAAUUAAGUUGUAAAGAAGUAAUGGAUAUGAGUGAUGUGGAUCAUUCCACAGACGAUCAUAAGGAAAUGGAUGAAAAACCUAAGAAAAAGAAGAGAAGGCGUCGCGAGAUUGAUAUGAUCAAGCUCUCGGACGAUGAUGAGACUGACGAUGAGGGCCUGGCUAAGAAGGUGCAUCGCAGACUGAGUCCCGCACCUAACUCUAGAGAGCCCCGUACUUGUGUACUUAAGGCCUCGCAGAAGCGUCGUCCCCUCUCCCGCCUCCUAGAGCAGCUACUCCGUAACCUGGAGAAGCGGGAUCCUCACCAGUUCUUCGCUUGGCCGGUGAAUGACAAUUUUGCUCCCGGCUACUCUGACAUCAUCCGCCGGCCUAUGGACUUUUCCACUAUCAAGCAGAAGAUAGAUGAUAAUGAGUAUAAGUCACUCAAUUGUUUUAUUAGCGACUUCAAGCUAAUGUGCAACAACGCCAUGAAAUACAACAAAGCAGGCACUGUCUACCACAAGGCUGCCCGGAGACUCCUCCAUACCGGGCUGAAGCAGCUCACUCCGCAGAAACUGAGGCCUAUGGGAGACCUGCUGACCUACAUGUAUGAGAUACCCAUCAGGGAGCUGGGAUUUGAUAUCGGGAAGAUGGAUGUGCCUCUUAGGACGUACGGGCGAAAGAAGGUGCUGAAACGGUCGAGCCCCAUAAAAUCAGGGGGCUCCGAGGCCGAAGUGGUAUCCGACGGGGCCGAGAGGCCAGACGGAGACAGUGUUAAACUGCAGAUGGAGGCCGCUAGGGAGCAGCACCGUAGGCGACUCGCUAAGAAAGCGUUCCCGAAUAUGGACGCCGACGGCAAAACAACGCUCAACCUGGUCACGAACACCGUGGACUCGUCCACCCCCGCCGACGAGAGACCCAUCACACUGGGACAGUACAUCGGCAAGCUGACGCAAGGCACUGGCGCGCUGUAUGCGCCUCGCGAAGACCGCCGUAACCUGGUGAAAGGAGUGAAGCCGCUCAACUACGGACCCUUCAGCUCUUUCGCGCCCUCCUACGACGGCACCUUCGCCACUCUCACGAAAGAGGAGUCGCACUUGCUCUACCAUACCCUACCGUCAGAAACAGGCCAAGGAAAUGAAGAGAUGCUCCGCUUUGCCCCGGACUCCCCUUGGAACCUAUUCUAUGAUAUGGAAGCUCUAUUUCCUGACAAAAAGAAGGAACAGGAACAACAAACUCAGGAGGAAAAGGACAUAUCAUCAGUGAAAGUAGACGUCGAACAACUAAAGACGCUCUCAGAACUAGGCAUAGACGUGGACUUCUUAAAUGACGUGGAGGAGGACAUAGCUGCCUCGCAGCACGACUACGGCAUCGCCACGGCCUUGAAACAUACGUGCGAGGUGCUGCAGAAACUUGAGAAGGAGCAGAGAGAUAGACUAUCAACCACCCCGCCGUGGCAUCUCGCUCUGGCGGCCCGCGCCAGCGCCAGCGAGCGGGAGCUGGCGCGCCAGGCCGCCGGCUGGCUGCGCGGCAUGGCGGCGCGCGUGCCGCCCGCCGGCCUGGCGCCGCUGCAGCGCGUCCGGAGAGCCAUGGGGGUCACGCUAGACCAUCUGGAUACUCCAAUGGCCGUAGACGACUUUGAAAUGGAACACGACCACGUCUCAGACCCGGACUCACGCUCUUCUCACGACAAAUAAUGACGUUCAAACAAAAAUGGCCGACCGAACCCAAUUUAAGGCGUAUAUUGGCUAUGUGCAUAGUCUGUGCUGGGGUGGGGGAAAAUCAAACGACAAAUAAGCACAGCUUAAGAAAGGGUCAACUUUCCUAGUACACUUGUCAUAAGUCAAAUCAAUAAUUAAUUCCAGACCCACCAGGGCGGCGCUAGAGUCGAUCUAAUAUCUAACUAAUACCAUAGAGAAAUAAAAUAUCUAACCUUGGAGUGUUCAUUCUAUACAUUUUUUAUACCAUGACGGUGGCAAACAGGCAUAGUUACCGUAGCCUAUGGACGCCUGCAACUUUAGAGGUGUUACAUGCGCGUUGCCGACCCUAAAACACCAGUUUCCUUACUUUGAACGCUUAAUGUCAUAAAUACAAAUAUCACUCAAACGCCAAGGUUUCAGGCGUAAUAGCUAUAAUGUAAACAUUACUCGAAACUGUGAAGGUUACUUUGACAGCGUCCGCCAUAACACCUAUAGUCGCCCUUGGCGCAGUAGGCACGACAAAUUUAGGUGUUUUUGGCGUCCAAAUGGUUAAUAAAUAAUAAGUUGUACGGGAGGUAUGAUAAAACGUAAAAAACAGCCAAAUAACACUAGACCCUGUUCAUAGUGUUGUGUCCUGCCGGUGAGUAAGGUUGCCAGAGCUCAACGAGGAUACGGAGUGUUAGGGUCGGUAACGCGCAUACUUACCAUCAGACGGGCCGUAUGCUUGUUUGCCACCGACGUAGUAUAAUAAUAGUACAUUGUAGGAGAGGCCAGAAAACCGGAUCGAAAGAUGGACGAGUGAGUUUGAUCAAAUAAUACGAGUUACCGAAAAUGUUACUUUGAAAACACGUCUUGGUUUGGGUUUAUCAUUUAAAAAAAUGCAUUAGUCCCCAUAAAUCUGCCGGUUGUACCCAUUGUUAUCAUUUUGAAGACUUAUUACUAAGUAAAUAAACAAAAUAAUAAGAUA